AUGUUCAGCAAAUGUGGCACAUCAAAAUUCCCAUUAGAAUGCCGGCUCAAAAAGUCUAGCCGCCCCGGACCUACGGAGGAAACGUUUGAAAAUGGGACCGAAAGCCGCUCAGGAAUCGCUGACGAAGCAGCCUUCUGGAACUUUGGUUACUCUAAUAUCAUCUUCUGCGAGUCUGUCGACGUCUACGAGUCUAUCGUCAUCCACAAGUCUAUCUUCUCAAAGCCUCGGAAAUUCUUCCAGCUCAGAGGUAUCCUCGUCGACUCCGCCGUCCUCAACAUCUUCACUAUCAACUACUUCUUCAUUAUCCGGAUCGAUCUCAUCUUCUAA